AGUCCUAGACCUAAUGGGUAGGGCAAGAAUAAUGUCAGGACCCAGAGGCCCAGGCCCAACGGUGCUCCUUCAGCAACGCGCCGCAGUGGCGGAAGAAGUCUAGGGCCGCUGGAGCUGCUAGGAAGAGCAGAGAGUUGCUGGAGGCCUGGGUCCCUGUUUGCUGUGCGAUUUGGGUCACCCCUCCUCUCACUAGAAGAGUUGAGCUGGACACUGACAGCCUGCUGCGGUGUGCGCGCAGGACCGGCGGUGGUGGCUUGCAGGAGGCGGUCUUCGGCGCGGUUCCUACACGGUGCGACCCCCGGGAGCGCCGGGCGCGCGCGACGAUGAGGGCUCGGCCGCAGGUCUGCGAGGCUCUGCUCUUCGCCCUGGCGCUCCACACUGGUGUGUGCUAUGGCAUCAAGUGGCUGGCACUGUCCAAGACACCAGCAGCCCUGGCACUCAACCAGACUCAACACUGCAAACAGCUGGAGGGCCUGGUGUCUGCGCAGGUGCAGCUCUGCCGCAGCAACCUGGAACUCAUGCGUACCAUCGUGCAUGCAGCACGUGAGGCCAUGAAGGCCUGCCGCAGGGCCUUCGCCGACAUGCGCUGGAAUUGCUCCUCCAUCGAGCUCGCCCCCAAUUACCUGCUUGACCUGGAGAGAGGUACCCGGGAGUCAGCCUUCGUGUAUGCCCUGUCGGCCGCCACCAUCAGCCACACCAUCGCCCGGGCCUGCACCUCUGGCGACCUGCCCGGCUGCUCCUGCGGCCCUGUCCCAGGUGAGCCACCCGGGCCCGGGAACCGCUGGGGAGGAUGUGCGGACAACCUCAGCUACGGGCUCCUCAUGGGGGCCAAGUUUUCCGAUGCUCCUAUGAAGGUGAAAAAAACAGGAUCCCAGGCCAAUAAACUGAUGCGGCUACACAACAGUGAAGUGGGGAGACAGGCUCUACGUGCCUCCCUCGAAACGAAGUGUAAGUGCCAUGGGGUGUCUGGCUCCUGCUCCAUCCGCACCUGUUGGAAGGGGCUGCAAGAGCUCCGGGAUGUGGCUGCUGACCUCAAGACCCGCUACCUUUCGGCCACAAAAGUGGUGCACCGGCCUAUGGGCACCCGCAAGCACUUGGUGCCCAAGGACCUGGAUAUCCGGCCUGUAAAGGACUCAGAACUAGUAUAUCUGCAGAGCUCCCCUGACUUCUGUAUGAAGAACGAGAAGGUGGGAUCCCAUGGGACCCAAGACAGGCAGUGCAACAAGACCUCCAACGGCAGUGACAGCUGCGACCUCAUGUGCUGUGGGCGCGGCUACAACCCCUACACAGACCGCGUGGUGGAGCGAUGCCACUGCAAGUACCAUUGGUGCUGCUACGUCACCUGCCGCAGGUGUGAACGCACAGUGGAGCGCUAUGUCUGCAAGUGAGGCCAUGUGCUCCACCCCUGUGGAGGGGUGCUGCUCCCCUGAUAACCCGCCCACGGGCCUGAGACCUUGGUGGACUUCCCUGCAGAUCCCAGAUGCCAGGCGUGGGAGGCGGCUUGUGCUGUGAUUCCACUUGGAAGCCACCGGGAACAGGAGGCCUGGUCGCCCUGGGAGGGCCGGGGCAUCAAAGGAAACUGAUAGGAUUAAAAAUAACCUGGCAGCCUGGGGCCUGAGUGCCCACAUGUUGCCUUCCAGGCUGCUCCAAGAAGCCAGGGCAGGGAUGGGUAAGACUGUGUGUAUUUGACCUUUCAAGGCCAGAAAGACCAGCCUUCCAGAAUGUUCUUUGGGACCCUGUGCCCACCACAUGGAACCACUAACUUGGGUUGUAAAUUUUUAUUUUCCUUCCCCCCUCCUUUGGGAUGUGGGAGCUACAGAAAUAUUUAUAAAAUAUAGCUUUUUCUUUGGGGUGGCUCACUUCAACUCCUCUUUAUAUAUUAUAUAUAAAAUAUAAAUAUAAUGAUUAUAUUUUAAACAACUGUGUGAAAUAAAUGCUGAGCAAGCCCCAGCCUACCCCCCAAAUCUCUAGCCUUCAUAUGAACCCAGCAGAUGCUGGUCUGGCAGGAGGACUCUUCAGUUUCUAGACAAGGCGGCCUCCCAUUGAUGUCCCAACCCCACCCAGUCCUCUGACCUGGUCCUGGCCUGUUUCCCUGUAUGUGAUCUGUUGGUCAAGAGUGAGGACAGACGUCUUGAAACAUAAACCCAGUUGGCAGUAUAUUUAUUCCUCAGGGACAUUCUUACUGCCACAGCACAGCCGUUGGGUAUGCUUUCAGACCCAUUAAGCUGGCUGCAAGAAAAGGUCCCAAGAAGCUGGGACCUUAGGGAGACAACCCUGGUGGGUUUUCAGUGGAGCCCUGGGUGGUGGGACUGACCCAUGCUGUGACCCUAUCUGUGAAUCUGGGCUGAUGGUGACUAAGGUUGGAAGUUGGGAAAGACCCAGGCUCAGAGCUCAAGCCUGGACCAGGCUUAUGGCAGAUGAUGUGCUAAGAUGCAGGGACCAGCAGGCCCUCUUCUUUUUCUCAUUUUGGGUGUGGCUCCAGAAAGAACUGUCUGGGUUUGGUUCGAGUGUGGGGAAGGAUGGAAGGCCAGCAGUAAGACGCAGUUGGGGAGAGGGUUGGGAUCAGAUUUGGUCAUGGGUGUAGAUGGAGGUGCAGGUUGGACUCCCAUGUGGAAAUGAGCAGACACUGGGGUCUGGGGUUCUGGGGGAGGCCAGGCUGCAGAGACACCUUUGUCAUUACAGCUAAGUGGGUGUUCUAGCAAAGUCAAGAGGAUCUGGGCCUAUGAUGUCUGUCUAUAGGCUGGAGGUGGAGAUUAAAAGGGGUGAAGGAGGGAGGGACAGCCAGGGAGGAGACAAAAGCUGGAAGGACAUGACCAUCACCCUCUGAGCUUUAACUUCCCGUCAUUUAAAAAAAUAUUAACAAUGGAAAUAAAAAUACACCUAAGCUGAAGCUUCUAGAAGAA